AUGCAGACUAGCAGAGAAGCUAGUUUAGUGGAGAGAGUUCCCUCAAUACUGGUGAGUUUAAUCUCAAAGAAAAGAAACAUUUCCCUCUCUGGAUGUGCAGUACAGAUGUUCUUUGUAUUUGCCAUGGGAUCCACAGAAUGUUUUCUCCUUGCCAUGAUGGCUUUUGAUCGCUAUGUGGCCAUCUGUAACCCUCUGAGGUACCCCAUCAUCAUGAACAAGGGGGUGUGUGCACUGAUGGCCUCUGUAUCAUGGCUGUCUGGUGGAAUCAACUCAGCUGUGCAAACCUCUCUUGCCAUGGGACUGCCUUUCUGUGGGACAAAUGUUAUCAAUCAUUUUACCUGUGAGAUCUUAGCUGUCCUCAAGCUGGCUUGUGCUGAUAUAUCUCUUAAUAUUAUCACCAUGUCAAUAUCAAAUAUGGCCUUCCUGGUUCUCCCACUGCUGGUCAUUUUCUUCUCCUAUGUGUUUAUCCUCUACACCAUCUUGAGAAUGAACUCAGCCACAGGGAGACGCAAGGCCUUUUCUACCUGUUCAGCUCAUCUGACUGUGGUGAUCAUAUUCUUUGGUACCAUCUUUUUUAUGUAUGCAAAACCCAAGUCCCAAGACCUGACUGGGGAAGACAAGUUGCGAACUUCAGACAAGCUUAUUCCUUUGUUUUAUGGGGAAGUGAUCCCCAUGUUGAAUCCUAUCAUCUAUAGCUUGAGGAAUAAGGAUGUUAAAGCUGCUGUAAAACAUAUGCUAAACCGAAAACUUACUUAG